AUCUUAGCAUAGAUAAGAAUUGAACGGUUGGUGGGAGAGAUAUGGUACACUAAAAUACUUUUCUUUUGGUACUACUCAACUGAUUACUUUAAAGGUGAAGGAAAAAAGCAUUCUUUUUCACCACCGAACGGAUCCUAUUCAUAGGAGAUAGCCGACUGCAAUGUCUCUUCUGUUUCCCGAGAAACUAGAUCCUGUACUCAUGUCAUAGUUGCAGUUGAAGUACCCUCUUUCGAAGGUUCCAUCUUCAAUUUCUGAUGAAGCAUGGCCUACUACAGCUCUUCCUAUUCUGGCUCUGAUUAUGGUGAGUACAAUUCCAACUCUUAUGCUCUCAAUUAUGAUUAUGCUCAAACCCCACCCUUUAUGGCUUAUACUGCCUAUGACUACAAUCAACCAUAUUACGGGUAUGAGCCUAGUUUGUAUUAUGCUCCUAAUUACACUGCCCAGAGUUACCAAACCAUAUCAUACUCUGCCACAACUUAUUGUGACCCAAAAUCAGUUGUGUAUGAUCCCAAUUAUGGUAUGACUCAACUUGUGAUCUCUUAUUCUAACUUGGAAUUCAAUGAGCCUGCAUUUGAUGACUAUGACCCAACACCUUAUGGUGGUGGGUAUGACAUUGAUCAGACCUAUGGCAAAGCCCUACCACCUUCAGAUAAAAUUUGCUAUCCUCGUUCUGGAUCAAGUCCUAUUAGUGCCAUAGUGCCAUUACCUACUAUAGAAGAGGGAAUUGAGGAGAAAGCAAUCAUACCCCAGAAUGGUACUGCAGUCCAAACAACUGAAGAGAAGCCUCAGUCACAAGAUAGUGGCAAAGAUCAACCAGGGGAAGCAGAAGACGACAACUACGACACUGGUGAAGAUGAUGGCAGUGAGAGUGAGGGAAGUCACCAUGAAGAUGGCUACAGUGGAGGACAUAAUAGUGAGUAUGAGAAGCAAGUGGCUCCUCAGUAUCCUAGGGGAUAUGGGUUGGAAGCUGUGGACCUUUGUGAAAGCUUGUUUGGGUAUUGGCCUUGUUUGGCACGUAUGAAGACGAGAGAAUGUUGUCAUGAGGAAGUGACUGAUAGAGGGAACUAUUGCCAGGAAAACAUGUGGAAAGGUACUGCAGAUUAUCUAUUUGGCAGUACAAAUCCUUAUGGUGAGAGAGGGGAAGAUGGAGGAGACCUUGUCUAUGGCUAUCAAAGGCACUAUCCAAUGCAAUCACAAUACAGACAGAUUGAUCAUAAUGGUGAAUCGUGGUGACGCACCAAAACGAUUUGUUCAAAGAUCUAAUAAAAAAAGGUUUAAGUGUAAAUCUUGUCUCUCUUGUAAUAAAUGUAAAAUUUGAAUUUGAAGAUGUGAAAACAAAAUUUCAUGCUUGCUUUGUGGUAGGUGAUGUGUUGAGUGCUGUGAUGGUUAAAAAUUCUGCUCCAAGACUUUCUUUUCUAAAUGACUAAAUUUGCUUUCAGAUUAUCUAUGAA